GGCCACAAUCAGAGGCACAUCAGAGCUCAGAGAUCGAGAACCUUAAGCCAUGAGCUUCUCCAGCGACGAGGUAAACUUUCUGGUGUAUCGCUACCUGCAGGAGUCCGGCUUCCUGCACUCUGCUUACGUCUUUGGCACUGAGUCGCACAUUUCGCGCAGCAGAAUCGAUGGGAGGCUCGUGCCGCCGGCUGCUCUGAUUACCAUACUGCAGAAGGGUCUCCUCUACACCGAGGUCGAGUGGAGUGUCGACGAUGAUGGCGAGGUGCGACGUCGCAUUGAGGGAUUAUCCCUGAUUGAUGCUGUCAUGCCGGAGCCCAAAGCCGCGGAGGAGCCAAAGCAGGAGACCGGCAAGGCGGCGGCUGUCAGUGGCAGUUCGACGAGAGCCAGCAGAAAGCCAAAAGCCAGUGAGUCUUGCUUGGAUGAUGCCGUUCCAUCCACAUCCAGAAGAGCUGCCGCACUUGCGACAUUCUUUCCAAAGAAAUUGCCAAAGGGAAAGGCAGUUCCAUCAGCUAAAGCCGCAGCUAAAGCAGCAGCUCCAUCAGCUAAAGCAGCAGCUAAAGCAGCAGCACCAGCACCAGCGCCAGCUCCUGCUGCAGCUACAAGUGCCGCCAACAUUGAGAUUCCCUCAUCCGAGGUUUAUUCUCUGCGCGGCCACGAGGGUGAGGUGUUCAUUUGCGCCUGGAAUCCCCGCGUGGAUCUGCUGGCCAGUGGCUCGGGCGACGGCACGGCGCGCCUUUGGAACAUGUCCGGCCCGAAGGGUCACCACUCGCUCCUGGUGCUGAAGCACUGCCUCGAGCAGGAUGGUGAGGAUUCGCGCAGCAGCAGGGAUGUCACCUCGCUGGACUGGAACGGGGAAGGCUCGCUGCUGGCCACCGGCAGCUACGAUGGGUUUGCCCGCAUCUGGACCACCGAUGGACGCCUGACCCUCAAGCUGGGCCAGCACACGGGACCGAUCUUUGCGCUCAAAUGGAACAAGUACGGCAAUCGCAUUGUCUCGGCCGGUGUGGACAUGACGACAAUCAUUUGGGAUGCACGCACCGGCAAGUGCAAGCAGCAGUUUGCCUUUCACAGCGCCCCGGCGCUGGACGUGGACUGGCGAUCGAGCCAUGAAUUUGCCUCCUGCAGCACGGAUCAGACGAUAUUCGUGUGCCGACUGGGUGAGAAGCAGCCAGUGAGGACAUUCCGCGGGCACACCAACGAGGUGAAUGCGAUCAAGUGGUGCCCGCAGGGACAGCUGCUGGCCUCCUGCUCGGACGAUUUGACGCUGAAGAUUUGGAGCAUGAAGCGGGAUCGUUGCUGCCAGGACAUGCUGGCCCACACCAAGGAGAUCUACACCAUCAGGUGGUCGCCCACGGGGCCAGGCACACGCAACCCGAACAUGAAUCUGGUCCUGGCCUCCGCCUCCUUCGACUCAACGGUGCGGCUGUGGAAUGUGGAGCGUGGCAAGUGCAUUCAAACGCUCACCAAGCACACGGAGCCCAUCUAUUCGGUGGCCUUCAGUCCCGAUGGCAAGCAUCUGGCCUCCGGCAGCUUCGACAAGUCCAUCCACGUUUGGUGCACCCAAACGGGCCAGCUGCUGCACUCGUACAAGACCACCGGCGGCAUCUUCGAAGUUUGCUGGAAUGCGAAGGGCAACAAGGUGGGCGCCAGUUCCUCUGACGGCGGGGUUUUCGUUUUAGAUAUGCGCAAGUUUAAAACCGCUUAAAGAACACUUUUCAAUGUCCCAAGGGGCACCCAAAACGAACGCCAUAAUUGAAGGCAUUUUCCAAAG